AUGCUGUUUACAUUACUUUGCCUUUUGUCCACUGUAAGGCUUUCUCAUAGCGACCCAGGCUAUUCGAUGAAUGGUACAGUGUACUAUACCAAAGGGUAAGACUCUUUAGAAUGAAGAUAUACUGUACGUAGCGAUUCACGCCACUACGAGGAAGUUCGUUCUUUGCAGAGAUAAGCUAUAUGAUCUAUUAUAUUUCUGCAAGCUUGAAUUGAGAAUCGAGUUUUUAUUUAAUCGUUUGUCUUAUUUUUUUUUGUGAACUUUAGCUUCAGAAUAUGUGGUCAUUUUUUUAAAUUUAUGAACUAAUACUAAGUACAUGUACUCAUGUUUCUAUAGCCUCGUUCUUGAAAGUGAAACAGAGAAGCCUUAUGUGCCAAAAAGAAAUGUGUAUGUAAAGGCCAGCCCUGUUUAGGCAGUGGUGAAUCUAAGUUAAGAAGCGGGGCCCGGCCUGGAGUGGCCUUUGGCCUAAAAAUAAGUUGACGGUUUCAGGUAACCUAGGGGCCUAGAUCCUCAAAAGGCCAAGUAUUCAAAGACUAUCAGGAUUAUGUAACCCUUCAUCUUAAAUUAAAAUUCUGUCAAUUAAUGUGACAUGGCCUUAAAACAGCGACAGACAAUUAGAUGAAACAGCGAGAAACGACAUAAAGAUGGGCUAAAUAAUGACAUGGACAUGGCCUACUCCUCAAAACGUGAAACAACCAUACCUGUAUUUGAAAUUUAGACUAGGGACAGUCCCACAUACUCCCCCACCCCCUCCCCCUAAAAGCCUAUCCACUUGCCUCAUGACAGACUGGGUAUACCCUGUCUGCUUGUUGGAUAACCCCAUCAAAGGGUCAACGUUUUGCCAUGUACAAGUCACUGUCGCAACACAGUGUGGACAAUGGAAAUAUUUCAGAAAAUUUAAAUCUAGGCAUCCCAUUCAAGUGAACAGGGAUGCCAGUGUUUUUAUUUAGUUACAAGGGUUUAACAGAAAUCCUUUAUAGCCUUCCUAUAACAACCACCACCUGGUUAGCUUGGUUGGGAGAGCACCUGAGCAGGAGGUCACGGGUUUGAACCCCCGCCAGACCAUUGCUCGGGGUCUUUUUAAAAAUGACUGAGAAGAAAGUGCUGCCUUUGUAAUGACAUCUGCAAACGGUUAGACUUUCUAGUCUUAUCGGGUAAGAAAGAAAAACCAUAGGUCGUCUCUUACAGCACUUACACUUAUCUGGCUAAGUGUGGGAUGUAAAAGAACCUACAUCACUGUUCAAAAAGAGUAGAGGAUGUGGACCCCGGUGUUGAGGUCAAACUUCACACAACACAACACAUCAUUCACAUCAUGGGUUGGGAGGGUACAGUAAGCUCAUAAAUGGACUGAGAGCCGCUGCCAGUGGUGCCUUUGUAUGCUGACGUCCUAGCUUACUGUUCAAAUGUUAGUAUACAUGUUCACAUGUUAUUGUAAAGAGGGCAUGUCUGUUGUCCUCUCAUCCUUGACUCCUUCCUUCCUUCCUUCCUUCCUUCCUUCUUCUCAAAUGGCUUUACUUUGAUUUAACCCAUGAUCCUCCUCUCCUUACAAAUUUUACAAGGCAGUAAUGUUAUUAAGCUAACAAACAUCAUUAUAUGUAGUCCUGCUUAGAAGUUAUUAAGCUAACAAACAUCAUUAUGUAGUCCAGUGCUGAGAAGUUGAGUUCCUUAAGAAUAUAUCCAGUUGUCGACUUCUUGCUUAUUGCACGCCUGAUGUACAACAAUAUUAUUGUGGUGCAGAUUCAAGACAACUGUCGCCCCAUGUAGGGGAAUCCAAGACAGUCUUGGAUUCUGGAUUCCGCACUGUGGAUUCCGGAAUUCAAGGUACUGGAUUCCAGUAUUUGUCAGCAGAACUUGGAUUCGGAAUUCCAAUCGUUAGUGGGGUUCUGGAUUUCAAAACCUAGGAUUUCGGAUUCCAUAAGCAAAAUUUUCCCAGAUUCCGGAAUCCGGAUUCCCUUACAUGAAGCGAACAACUGGGGUGAUUUCCAAAUCAAUCGCCUCAACUGCCCACAAAAAAAUUUAACUGGGCAUUUAAUUUGCUGUAUCUGAUGAUAUUUUGAUAAUAUAUCUUUUAAUUUUGAUAACUAUCAUUAUACACUUUUUUUGUUCUUUCUUUUUUUCACAGAAAAUAUCACAUAGAGUUUGGAGUUUUGGACAAAGAAAAAGGAGUUGCCUAUGGUAUUUAUGUUGACAACAUAAAUUCCACAGGGUAUGAAUAUAAGUACAGUGUUGGAUGCAUUUAACUUCAAAAUUGUUAUUUAAAUAAGUACUGUACUGUGGGUGACACACAGUGACAAUAAUUUUCUUCACACAACAUUAACUACCCGGCAUAACAUAAUAUAUGAUGUCCUUUGAGGACUUUAUUUGCUUGUUAUUUUAAUAUAUGACAAAAAAUAAUUUAAAUAAGACAGCUUAACCCUUGUAAUAAUUUAUCAGCGAUCGCGGCACUAUCACUGAUAAAUUUUUACCAGGGAAAUAGUUUUCUUUUAUUUAUUUGAUAUUUAUUUGUUGAGAACUUUGAAAUGUAUGUUAAUAGUGCCCACCUACUGUGGGUAAAUUGUAUGCAGGGCUGAAAAAAUAAUGUCCUCGUCCUAGCUGUAAUCUGAGGGCGAGGGCCAGGGGGGGUUGUUUAUUUGUCUUUUUUUUUUUUAAGGCAGUUCAAAUGGAAGCUAAAGAUCUUUUAGUGUGUAGAAAUCAUUAGCAAUAGACAGAUCUGUGGGGAAAAAAAUAAUGCAUUAAAGUAUCUAAUGAAAGUGAAAGGUGUGACGUACUCUUUGAAGUGUUUGUUCAUAGUUUUCUGGCAGACAGGCAGUUGAAAUGGAGGAAAAAGAUUUCUAGUAGUGUGUAAAAAGGGCUAGUAAUGGACAGAUCUAUUGAAAAAUUACCAGGAUGUGAAAGGUUACAAUGUAACUCUAAGUUUUUCUUGCUUAAUUUUUCUGUAUACCUUAAUUUGUAGAUGGGGUGAGCUGGACAUUGUGUCAGGUACAGGAGAAACCAGUUACAGUGACACGACCAUCAUGUAUGCUGCUGGUUAUCUCGAGGGAGCCUUGACUGCUAAGUGAGUAGCAAUAAAUUAUAUUUAUCAUAUCCAAUCUGAUGUGGAGGAACUGAUCGAUAAGUCUAACCAAAACAAGUUCCAGCUAAACGAGUCGAAGUGUAAGGAACUACAGAUUUUGUUCCCUAAAUCAGCCGCGGACUUUGCUUCCAUUGUUAUCAACAGGAAAGCAAUAGAGGUAGUGUCCACCGUUAAGUUGUUAGGUCUAAAUAUAUCAUCGGACCUCCGGUGGAACGGUCAUGUUGCUGAAAUAAGUAAAAAAGUAGCGAGUCGAUUAUAUUUUCUUAAUCAACUGAAGAGAGCGAAUAUUCCCGCCAAAGAUCUGCUAAUCUUUUACUUGACCUGUAUCCGCCCAGAAACGGAAUACGCAUGCCUGGUGUUUCACAACGCGCUUCCCGCAUAUUAUUUUAUCUGCAGAGUUAGAACAGCUACAGAAGCGCGCCAUGCGAAUUAUUUUUCCGUUUGUACCAUAUAGCGACGCGUUACAUGAAGGCAACUUGGAGACGCUCUCUUGACACAGGCAGUCUAUCACAACUAAGCUUUUUGAUUCCAUCACUUGUAACUCAGACCAUAAACUGCAUGAGCUCUUGCCACCUCGUAACAAUUGUGAAUCCAAUUUAAGACGAAAGAGGAAUUUUAAUGUCCCUCUGGCUAAGAUGAAGAGACUUAAGAACACAUUUAUAUAUAGCAACUGUAAUUAAAUUUUUAGCUACAUAUGUGUAUAUUUUUCUUAUAUUUUUUUCUCAUAUUUUUAUUAGAUUUUAUUAUUGUAACGAUUAAUCUAAUUCAGCUUUUGGCUGCGAUUUUAAUCAGAAUAAACUAUCUAUCUAUCUAUCUGCAUAGCCAUGCAUGUCUGUAUGCUGCAAGCUUGUGCAUUUGUCAGUUAAGCUAACUUAAGUUUCCUAGCUAUCAUCUUCAGGGUGUAGAGAAAGUCAGUUUUCAGCUUGCCAUUAGAGUUCAGGCAUGUACUCGAAUGUACUAUACCAAGAUAUCAUUUUGACUAGCGCAGAAGUUUUUUUAAUGAGCAGGAUUGAUUACAUCUUCUGUAUAAUUUGAAUUCCCCCAAAAACUUCAUCUGCUCACCAGGCAUUAGUCAAGAACAGAAUUCACUAUCCUGAUAGCUAUAAAUCUACUAGCCCUUGGCUAUUGGACACGCCUAUCCCUGCAAGCUGCGUCUUUUAUCCUGCCACGUCAUGUUGCAUGUCAGCUGCUAUAGCAGCAAUGUUGCUUGUUUUAUUCCAUUCUGUGCUCCAUAUCAAUCUCAUUGCUGUCCUUAUAUACAUGACUGUGUAUACACUGUACCACCCUCAGCACUAUUGUUGCACUAUCCACUCCCCCCUUGCUCAAUGUUGUAGUAAGAAUACAUGCAGUUUUCGAAAGUGAAGCCUAAAGGUAAAGGUGUUGUUUGAUCAUGCACCUUGUACAGUACACCAAAUUAUAAUUCUAAAAUAAUAAUUAACUGUCUCUAUAUUUAUUGUUACAAAUGUAGUUUGACCUUAAUCAAUAAAAACAAAAUUGUCUGGGGAGGGAGAAGGGCUGUUUUUUCCUUGGGGAUCAGGAGGGUGUCAGUUUUUGUUGAUGGUUUCAAAGUGGAUGUGUUUUGUUUACUAACGUCUGAGAAAAUAUGAUGCACACACCAAAGAGAAUGUUUGCAAGAAUGUUAAUCAUCUGCACUAAUUAAAAGGAGAAACCCAAUUGCACAACUUUGUGCUGCACAGCACUUUCCAGGGUCAGACUUUCAAGGGGACAUUCUCGCCCAGAGUCCUUCAUUAAUAGAAAUCUGACCUCAGAGAUUUCCAGAAGGACUAUUCAACUAUGUAUGAUCGCAUCCUUGUAACUUAUGCAGAAAGUGGCAGGGGGAAGGGGAUGGAAACAGAGAGAGGGCCACUUUUGAGACCCAGAAAAGGGACCCAUGAAAAAUAUUUUUGGAUGCCCAAACUGAGGCUCACCCACAGAAGAAAAAAGGGCUUUAUUUGGUAAAAAAAGAAAUAGAAGAGGAGGAUCAGCUGGACCACCUGUCAUCCUAAAAUGUACGUAUAUAUUAUCUAAGGGAACAGAUGACCUUCCUCCCCCCUGACUCACCCAGCACUGCAAGAACUACAUUUUAUCAUUUACAUGCAUUGAUCAUGAUAAAGGGAGGGUUAGCAAAUUACACUCCCCAGGGAUUUCCCAGGAUUCCAGUCUAAUGUGGCUUUUUCUUUUGUUAUAACUAUACAGGAGGAUAAAUGAAAACUAUGUUAACAUCCAUGACGAAUUCUUCAGUGAGUCUUCAGAAUCAUUCAUGGAAAAGGUGAAAAAUUGGUAUGACAAGCAGGUACAUAAUAAAUGAUGAUUUUUCUUUUUCGUGAUCAGUAACCUACAUAAUUUACAGGCUCUAGCUUAAAGUGUAGGUUGCAGAGAUACUGAAAAAUUGUGAAGGAAGAUUUUUAAUAAUCAUAACAUUUUAAGUGCAACUUUCAUGAUCAUGAGGUUGAGAAUUAUAUUCUCGUCAACAUUUCUCUUUUUUUUUAGUUAGAAAUAUGUAGGCAAUUAGACAAAUAAGAGACUUAAUUCUCAUACAAAAUUCAAAUUCAAAAGUACAGUCAUGUAACUAUUUUACCAAGCAUCAGGCAGCAUGCAAAGAAAGUAGUGUCCGAUAGCCCGGGGCUAGUGGAUUUUGUUAUCGGGCAAGUGAAUUCUGUUCUUCACUUGCCCGACGGGCAAGUGAAGUUUUUGGAGGAAUUCAAAGUACAGAAGAUCUGUGAAAUAUUUCCUUUCCACCACUUCAUCCUCCUUUCCAAUUCUGGUCUCCCUUACCCCUAUAUAAUGAACACCUGAUAUUGAUAUUUCCAUAAUUCUCUCUCCGAACUUCUCAGUUGCAGCGGAUGAUAAGAAGCAGCUGUAUCAAUCCCUAGGCUACCCUCUCCUUUUUAUUUUUAAUUAUUUUUAAUUCUCCUUUCCCCUAAUUAAAUUUUAAAGACAGGCGAUAUUCUCUCAGGUAAGUACAACUGGUGUUUCAAUAUCAAAGCCACACUGCCUGCCCUUUGUGGCAGUGUAUACUUUACAACACUUGUCUUUGAUCAGUGCUCCAAGCUCAAAUUUUUUCAAAGUUGCCUUUUGGCAACCUAAAUUUAUCAUAAAAUGGUCGCCAUAAGCAACUAGGAUUUCACUGUACGUACGUGCAGGAUUCAUUUUGCCGGGCAGAGUUUUUUUAAGAUCCUUCCAGGCUGCUGGGCAUAUAGCCGAAUAAAAUAUAACGCCCUUUUCGUAACAAAACCUGAUCUGGUUGGGAGAGUCGAGAACAUCCGUUUAUCUCUCUAGCAUAACGAGUUGAAAAAAUACGACAUGCCGCUCAAUUACUAGCUAACUGACAUUAGCAUAAUAAAGAAGGGAGUCCCAAGGAAUUGAAAUCGCUCUAUAUGAAAAAAAGAGGUGACAGGGCAAGACGUACUCGGCACAAACCAACAUGAGAGAACGAACACUUACGGAAACGAAGCGGGAAGACAAAACUAACACUUUAAAACGGUCUAAACGUACAGAUGAAACCUAUAAAAAUGAAAACUAACGCCACAAAAACAAACUCUAAACGUUGAAAAGAACAAACAAGACGAACACGCCUAUACAGUCAAUGCGCCGUGUGAAUCAACUAACGUGUGGAAAAAACGGGUGGGAUUAUGGCUCAUACUGAAGCGGGAAAACGCGGUCCCUGAUGAAACCAAAUAUGGCCAGUUAACUGACGGGUCACGAACGAAAAGGAAUAACAAGACGAGCUAAAAACAACUUAAACGGACGGAAAAGACGUGAGAUGGCUAAAAGAAUAUUGACCAUACGACUGACUUAUAAGAAAAAUCGUGACGAUAACUGUGAUCGUCGGUUAUCUCCUUCGCGUUAAUGGCACUGAGAUUGUGGACGCGACUUAAUUAGAUUGAUCGCAAUCACCACCCCGCGAUCGUGAUUACUGCACCAGGAUCGAGAGCAUAGCAUUUGGAGAUCGCCGGAUGUGACUUUACUAAAUCUCGCCGCGAUCGCGAUGACCACCCCGCGAUGAGUUCAAAGCCGCUGCGAUCGCGAUUUCAUCGACAGGAUCGCAAUCAUGACCCUAAGAUCACACAUACGAUUUUUCGCGAUCACGAUCAUCGCGCUGAUGAUCGCUAUAACUUCGCCGCGAUCGCUAUAUCGUCGCCGCGAUCGCGAUCACCACGCCGCGAUAAGUACAAUGCCGCAGCGAUCGCGAUUUCAUCGCCAGGAUCGCAAUCCUGCCCCUGAAAUCGCGGAAGCGAUUUUUCAAAUCGCGCCGCCAUCGCGAUCAUCGCGCUGAGAUCGCUAUAACUUCGCUGCGAUCGCGAUCAUCGCGUCGCUAUCGCGAGCGCGAUUUGUUUUAAGUGCAUCGCGAUUGCUGUUAUCGCGCCGCGAUUCGCGAUCACCGCGUCGCUAUCCCUGAUAAUUUUUUACAAGGGUACAUCUAUAGCCCUUGAAAAAUGUAAAAAAGAUUGUAAUAUUUUCUAAAUUAUUCUGGUACAAGGUUUUUGUCUACUGAAAAUUAAAAUUACUCAAUUUCCUGGAGGAUUCUGUCUUAAAAUCUGUGGACAGAACGUUAACCCUAUGCAGUUACACUUCAAGGGAAUUAUAUUAUUUAUUUCUAGGGAUUUUACAAAGAGAAAAUUUGAUCGUAAAUCUAAUUCUCUGGCCUCUACUAGUCAUGAGUGAAAAACCUAUCACAGAUUUAACAGAUUCCAGGUUAAAAGGGUUUAGCGGUUUUAAGGCUUGUUGAGAGUGGAAAGUGCAAUUAGCUUAUCCAGCUAGUUUACAAGCACUCCACUCAAAUAGUUAGAAACAAAUAUUAAUUAUUUGUUUCUAAGUAUUCAACUACAACAUAACAGGACUAAAAGCCCCAACUGGCAGGAGGCAACCAGUUGGUUAUAUUUAGGUCCCAAGAGUGGCCGAUCAAUUUGAACUCAAGAACCAAUCCAGUAAAGUGGCUAAAUUGAUGACCAAAGGGGGACUCGGAUCUGGGACUGUCAACUAUUCUUAAAAGAAAUGUAUGGAGAUCAGUCUGGAGAAUUUGUAUUUGGAUCUUGGGGCUUAAAGGGUUAAUGGUGUGGCCGAGGAUUUGAACUCAGGACGACCGAUCUUUGAUUUCUUCUCAUUCCUAGGAGGAAUGGAUGAGAAGUAAAAUUAAAAGUGAAUCAAACAGUAGCUCAUUGUGGAAACAGAUGGGGAACAUAGUGUCCCAGUAUGAUGGUAUGUAAAUGUAAUACAAUAUCUCACUUUAGGGACUGUACAGGUAGCUUUUUUGGCCAGCUCCUACAAUUUGGUUUAAAAUGUAGGCACUAUCUUCAUAUGUUGGAUAAAUGCAGAACAUCACGUUGUUGAGAAUCAUUUUGUAAUUACAGCAUUAUUUUAAGUUUAACUUACUGUCCUGUAGGUAGUUGUUAUCAAUCACAAUUGAGUUUGACUUUUCAUUAUUCAGGGCUGAUUGCUGGUUAUACGGAUUAUCCAGCUACAGAGCAGGUACUAACUUACAGUUGUUUGAUGAAGUGACUUUAAUAAUAAUAAUAAUAAUAAUAAUAAUAAUAAUAAUAAUAAUCAUUUACAUUUAUAUAGCGCAAAUCUCUAUAUGAAUAUAUUCGGUUAUUUACUUUGUAAAUAAGAAAAAAAUACAUAAUACAGUUGAAUCUUCUACAAUGUAUAAGGAACCAAUGCAAUAUGUUUUGGAUAGGUGCGUGGUCGCUAAAUACCAGAGGUAAUAUUGCACAUGGAGGGUCCAUUGAAAUGCAGCAUUUUUAGUAACACCGUAGAACCUCAAUAACUCAAUCUCGGAUAAAUCGUAUUCUCUACUAACUCAAACUAAAUUUCUUUUCCCUUGAUCAAAAUUUCAUUGAAAUUUACCCCGAUAAUUUGAAUUCCCCGCUAACUUGAGCUGUUUAGAGUUUGAGUUACCAGGGUUCUACAGUAAGUCAUUUGCAGCCAGUCUAACUCAUAUGGUGCCAAACCGCCACAUUGGAGAUCAGCAAGAGACAAAAAAUAACCUUUUCUUGCUCUCUUGUUUUUACCAGCAUGAUGACUAGUUGCAAAGCCCGGGGCCUGUAGUUGUUAUAGCCUAAGAGUACGCUGUAUUACUGGAUUUCUUUGUCAUUGUUAUUUAUUUAUUUUUUGACAAAUGAUUCCUCAUACUUGUUUUUCUUAAAGGCACUCGGCAAGUUUGCUUUUCAAAUCUUGAAUGGUGUGGGUGAUUAUAUCACUCUUGAGGGUGUACUCAAUCCCAAAACACUGCCUGAUUGGAGUAAAAUGUCUGACAGUGAGAUUUUAACCAAGGUGAGUUAACCUUGAGGAUGUGAGUUCGUAGGAAUUAUAGAAAUUUCUUUUGUUUUCUCGAGAAAUUGAGGCACUUUAAGAUGGCACCCUGUCUGAAUGGUCAGUGCGACAGACCCUUAACCUCUGGCAGGCCUGGGUUCCAGUCCACCUGCUGGCUUUUUUUAUUGUUUAUCUUUAUUCCAAUUCCUUGAUCAUUCUUUCAAGUUAUAGGCAAUUCAACUAAUUGCCUCCUGCUUGUUGGCGUUUUUAUCCUUGGCCUGGUUGUUUCGUUGGAUUAUGCUAUUUUUGGAUUCAUCGCUAUCCAGUGCUUGAGUAACCAAUUGUAUUAUCCGUUGCAUAUCGAUGUAUCCAGUGUAAAGCAUUAUCCUCCUUUUGAACAACUUGGGGGUGCAUUUGUAUUACGUGUUUGAAUUAUUUGUGAAGCUCAAACUUGAAUUAGCUUUAAUGACUGGUAAAAACGCUUAUGAGCACACUCAUUGUUCUUGUAAAGUACUUUAAACCCCUGCCUGUAGUUGAAUGGUAUUAAUUUGAACAAGCAAACACAAGAAAAAAUAUGACACCAAAUGAUAUCAUAAUUUGAUCUAUUUAUUGCGGGCGACAAGAGGAGCGCGCAAUCCUAAUCUCCAGGUUGUUAUUUUGCGUUCGUCGUAUGUAUGUAGCCAGCAUUCAUUUGAACUUCCACUAAGAAUGAAUGGAAUGCAAAGAAUGCAAUUUGAUCAUUCGCGCUUGGUCCUUGAUCACUCGUAAUCUGAUCAUGCGUGUUUUGACCAUCUAUCACGUGAACCUUACGCAAAGCAAAGCAUUGGAACUUUAGCGUUUUGCCUUUGAUCGUUGUCGCCCGCACUCCAUAACCUUUGGUUAUUACCAUUUAUUUAUUUAUUUAUUUUCAACUUUAGCUGGGAAAAAUGGGCCACUGCUCUGCUUUAAUAAAAGUUCGUCCAGGGUACGAAGAUAUAUUUGCAGGUCAUUCAAGGUAAGGGAGCUCAGCUAUUUUAUAUUACACAAUAAUUGUAAUGUUUUCAGUCUAAUUAAAGGUUUGGUGUGUACGUUGUGGUACAAGUUUACCCUUGGUUUAAUUUUUAUUUUCUUUUGUUUUUGUGUAUGGUAAUUUAUGAUAAUGAGUUUAAAAGAAAAGAAAAGAAAAAUUAAACCAAGGAUAAAAUUGAGCCACAACAUAUACAUCCUCAAGUGUUGCUAUAGCUACAAUCCCGGACAGAACACCUUGAGAUCGUUUUUUUUUUCUCGUUUGCGUUUGCUACUUCACACAACAGAACUAUUUCCAAAUCAGCAACUUUGCGUAAAGAAGACCCCUUCCCCCCCAGUUCAACGUUGCUUCCCACUGACACCCAGGGAAUGAGGCGUUCUUUUAGACACAACACCACUGCUUCCCCGGGGGUGGGGGUGUUGUGGGGCGAUGUUUAGGAAAAUGUUCUUCAAGUAUGCAAGAUUGUCCAAGAUUGUAGUGACUUUGAGUAUAAGCCAGUUUCGCACUCCCCAUAAUGCACCUUAUUUGCCCCCAAAAUUUUGCAUUAGCAUUGUUCUCAAUUUCUCUUGGGACGACUGUAAUACCCAGGAGAAAUAAAAAACAAAGGUUAUGCCAACCUCGUUCCCGGUGUUCUCUCCUACCCGCCCUCCGUAGGGCGGGUAGGAGAGAACCCUGGGAACGAAGUUGAGGUUAUGCAAAGUGUUGGGGGGCAAAUAAGGUGCAUUAUGGGAGAUGUGGAAGUGGCGUAUUGGCCAGCGUCCCAGCAAUCUUACGCGCAACCUUCCUCUGGCUACUCUGCAGAGUGAUUCACCACCAACUUUGAUGUUACAUUUCAGCUGGUUUGCAUAUGCUGCGGUGAUGAGGAUAUACAAACAUUACUUCUUCAACCUGAAGGAUCCAAGUACAGGUCUGUUUAAGAACCAGUUCUCCUUCUUUGCGGAACCUACACUUUUUUCCCCCUGGACGUGCCUUUUUUUACGUCAUCGCCAACUUCUAUAAAAUGCUAUAAUUAUUAUUAUUAUUAGCAAUAACCAAAGGUUACGGAGUGCGGGCGACAACGCUAAAAACGCUUUUGCUCCAGCGCCGUGCUUUGCGUAAGUUUCACAUGACAGUUGGUCAAAACACGCGUGAUCAGAUUAUGAGCGACAGAAAGUCCAAACACGCGUGAUCAAAGUACAUUCUGUGCAUUCCAUUCAUUCUUAGUGGAAGUCCAAACGAAUGCUGGCAUACAUGCGUAAUAACAGCCUCGAGAUUAGGAUUGCGGGCUGCUCUUGUCGCCCGCAACUAUUAUUAUUAUUAUGUGCAGGUAUCUUUUUAAAGAAUUUUUAUAACCCCGUGUUACAAGCCCGAUUUUGGGGAUUUUGGGAGUUAGGCGGAGGGGGGCGGGCGAUGUACCCAGGCUACGCGUUACAAGCCAACUCUCUUUUACUCAGAAGCUACAAAUACUGGUUUUGUUUUAAACAGUAUUUUUUGAAAAAAACCUUUUGCCAUACUGUACCUAAACGCACCUACAUUUAAGUGUUUUUCAGUAUAACUAUUAUUGCGUAAAAAUCCUUGAACGUCAGGGCCACCCUAAAAAUAAUAAAUUAAUUUAUAAAAUUGAUUUUAAAAAUUAAGGGCCUGUUUUCCAUGAAUGCCUUGUUCAAGCUAGAAGUUAACAGUUCCCUAAGGCUAGUCAAAGAUUUUGCUUGUCUUACAUCAGAGGGCAAAUUGUUCCACAGAACAGCCUCGCUGUAGCAGAAGCUGUUCCUAUAGUAAUUGGUUCGUGACAAGGGAACAGCAAGCUUUUUUCAGAAUCUCUAAAGUUGUAGGAAUGAAAUAUAUCGCUGCUUAGUAUGGAUUUUGAAGACAUGUAAUCAAGUGUAAGGCAGUUCAAAGAUUUAUACACGUUUAGGAUUUUCCACGUACAGCGUUGUUUCUAAAAAGUAAACGUUUUACAGGUGCUAAGCGGAUGUCCUUUUCAAGUUAUGCUGGCUAUUUGGAAUCAUUGGAUGACUUUUACAUAAUGGACAGGUAUGAGCAUGUUACUAGGGACUUUAAGAUUGUACACUACGGUCGGCUGGGACGGUUGGAAGCGUACACGGGCGGCCUGGGGCCAGGACGGUAAAAAGGCGCGAAAAAUUUCAACUUAAGUUCGGGCAACAAGACAGAGGACGGUGAAGCCAAGAUGUC